AAAAACCGGAGAAGCAACGCGUUUAUAAACUAAGCCCUCUCCAAAAGUGUGUCUGCAACAUUACCAAAACGAAACCUUCCCUGUGGAUUCCCACUACUUUGUUCUGUCUUUUCUUUGUUUAAUUUAGAUGUUUGUGAACAAACGAACUUUUUUUUUUUAUCUGAGCUUUGAUUAAUUCUUUGAGAUGGAAAGAGAUUUUCUGGGUUUGAGCGACAAGCAGUAUAUGAGUAACGUUAAGCACGAGGUUGACGAUGAUGGUGUCGGAGAACGAGGUUUGAGCAAGAAGGCAGCUAGACAAUGGGGAAAGGCAAAGCUCUUACCUAAUUCAAAUUUCAUGACUGCUGCUGCAGAUUUCCAGGAGACUAAAGCGUUUCGGGGGUCAUACCAGUGGGGAUCAGUUUCCGCGGCCAACGUUUUCCGCAGAGGCCAAUUUAGCGGUGCGUUUCAGAACGCGAAUCCGCUUUUACUUGGCGGAUCAGUUCCAUUGACAAAUCAUUCUUCUCUCCGUCCUGCCUUCAAUUCUUCGGCGGAUCCAAGAGUGGUUUCCUUAGGAUCAUCUCCUCAGCUAACUAUCUUCUAUGGCGGAACUAUUAGCGUCUUUAAUGACAUAUCUCCAGAUAAGGCUCAAGCCAUCAUGCUAUGUGCCGGGAACGGUUUGGGAAACCCGAAAGGUGAAACUGGAGAGAGCAGCUUGAGGAAACCGGUUCGAGAAACUGAAAGAGUCUAUGGAAAACAAAUCCAUAACGUUGUUGCUGCUGCAGCAUCAUCAAGCUCUGCCACUCACACUGAUAGUUUCUCUAGGUGUAUGGACAAUCCCGUUGCUGCGACUAAUGCAAUGAACAUGAUCGAAUCAUUCAACGUAGGUCCUGGCAAUAUGAUUCCUUCAGUUCCUCAAGCUCGUAAAGCAUCGUUGGCUCGGUUCUUGGAGAAGCGUAAAGAGAGGCUCAUGAGUGCAAUGCCAUACAAGAAGAUGCUUCUUGAUUUGUCGACCGGAGAAUCCACUGGAAUGAAUUACUCUUCUUCUUCACCUGCCUAAAACCUUAUUUUCUUCUUCGUUUUUUAAACCUCUCGGAGGUUUUUCUUUUCUUUUUUACGAUGGUAAUUUGCAAUAUAAUCAUAUUAGAUUAUUAUUAUAGGUACCAUUUAUUAUGUUACGAGCAGGAGAAGGCGUUAGGCGUCUGUUGUAUUUGAGCAUUGUUGUUAUAUGCUUUUAAGUCUGUUAUUGUAGGAUUACUUUAUUAUCUCAAACACUAACAGAUAUAUGUCAUUCAUGUCUGUCAAAAACAUAAGACCGAAUAAAAAUCACUAUUGCUAUUAAGUUUUUCUUUCUGUUUUUAUGUUCACUAUUGUUCAUAGUAAAUGCUAAUAAAAUAGAAAACUAGUUUUACGUCGCU